AUGAUCCAAACCCACCACCACACCACCACCCCCAAAGGCCUCUCCUCCAUAACCACCCUCCUCACCACCCCCCACGCAUCCCUCCUCAUCGACCCCCCUUUCCUCCUCAAAGACGCCGAAUCCACCAUCCACUGGAUAAAAUCCCUAACUCCCCACGCCCCCUCCGCCAUCUUCCUCACCCACCACCACCCAGACCACUUCUUCUCCGCAAACCCCAUCCUAGCCGCCUUCCCCAACGCCAAAUUCUACGCCGCCCCCUACGUCUGCUCCCGCAUCAACGCCGAAUACGACCAGAAAGUCAAAUACUGGCCGGCGGUGCUCGGGUCUGACGCCGUUCCCGCUAAGCCCCGCAAGCCGGACCCGUACUUGUCGAGCUUCUUCAUGCUGGAUGGGAGUCCGGUUGUGCUGAUGGGUCCGGUGCAGGGUGAUUGUGUGGAUCAGACGGUCUUUUGGAUUCCGGAAAGUAGGACGGUGGUUGCGGGUGAUGUUGUGUUUGGGAGGAGUGUGCAUGUUUGGGUCGAAGAACUCGAAUCCCCCGCUCUCGUACACGCAUGGCUCAAAACCCUCGACAUGAUCGAUCACCUCCACCCAUUGAAGGUUAUCCCGGGUCAUAUGGAACACGGAUGGGAGUUGGAUGUCAAGGCGGAUCUAGACCACACGAGACGCUAUCUACGCCUGUUUGCGGAGAAAGUCGCCUAUGCUUCUGACAGCGGUAGCAGCAGCAAACCUUCCGUGCAGGAGCUAUAUGAUACCUUCAAAGAGGCGUUCCCUGAGUGUCGGGAGAAUCUGGAUUUCUUUCUGGGUCAUAUGGCGAAUCGGUUUGGUGAGGGAGGGAAAGUAUGGGAGGAGAAUCGGCAUGAGGAUGUUGGGGGGAGGACUUUGGAGGAGUUGAAUGGGUACUGGUUUGGGUGA